CACGGGCGCUUGGCAAAGACGGGGUGGCAAAGGACCUAGCAAGCAAGGUGAUGUGUAUAUUUGCGAAAAAGGAUGCUGUGUGUUUAUUACCGCUUGCGGGAUGCUCUACAUUAUACCGAAGACCUUGUCUUUGACAUGAGAAGCCUUCUCAUUUGCCUGAUCUCGAAUACGGGAAACCUUCUCCUUCGCCUUAUCUCCAACAUCAGAGACCUUAGCCUGAACCUUGGUCUUGACCUCAGUCCCCGUCGUCUUUACCUUGUCCAGAGCAGCCUUGGUGAUUUGUUUGGCCUUCUGUUGCACUUUUUUACCGUACUCGCUGAGGCAUGCCAUGCAACCUGGGGGGAUGUCAGUUGUCACAACUGCCCGAGCACACGACAAGUCCGCGAAGGGAUCUACCCAAGGGGUUCAGCGACUUGGACGUUGGUCGAUUCUCAGGCAAGUAGCGCGCUUACUGGCUCCCAGUUCGCCUCCCGCAAGCAAACAAGUGGCACCAGUUCGCCCAAAUUCCAGUGUACAUUCUGUUUUGACCGAAUUGGUGCAUGAAGAAGCAACAUCGCGAUAAUUGAGGUUCACGUAGCCAUUUUCGAGUUUGUCGAGUCCGAGUCCCUGAUGCAGGGGGAAGGCAUUCACCCAUGCAAUGAAAACAAGCAAAGAGAUAAAGAGAAUGUUAUGGGGACACAUCCUCGAAACAAUAAUCAACAGCCGUAAGUCGAACGAGUGUCCAGCGCCACGUCGAGCUGGUAUCUAGCAGUAGUUGAACAACCGUCGAGGUUCACUGCAAAUAACCUGAAACCAAAAAGGCAAUGCGCCUUGGCUCCCUGGGCCUUGGCAAUAACAUAGCUUCCUCUUGCCGGCGGCCGCGACUUUACGCGAACUCCAAUCUACGGUUCUCUACACCCAACGGGUGAAAAUUCCAAAAAAAUACAGAACCAUGUUUGUUUCUACUUAUGACAUCGAUAUCUGUCGGUAGGAAACGAGCUGAAAUUUUUAGCCUCCAAAAAGGCUUGCCGCUC